AUGAAUCUGGAAGAGUUCCUGGCCUACCUCAACAAUGGGGCAUAUUCAGUGGUCAGGUACUUGCUUGUGAACAACCUGACUCUCCAGGAUCGCAAGAAUAUGCGUCGAGUUUCUCGCACCACCAAUUCUGUCAUGCUGGAUUUCCCAAUUCUCACCACCUUGCAUAUCUCCACACACAAGGCAGACUUGGACUACUUGGAACUGGUUUCGAAGAAUGAGAGAUUGCUUCGACACGUCACCCUGCUCUCGUGGGACCAUUCUAUCCAUGAGAUCUUGCUCCUCCAUGACAACAUAUACAUGACAUACGCCCAGUUCUGGGAUGGCAGAUACGUCAAUGUCGAACGAGACCUACACCAGGUACGCGAAGAUGAAGUCUUGGAGACUCGUAUCACCAUCGCCAGACCAGCCAUCACCCUCUGGGUCGGGUUUGCUAGGUCUCAGAAAUGGAACCUCGAGAGAAACCGAGACUACAUGCUAGUCAUGAACAUUCUGCCGCUGUUGAAGAACGUCCAAAGCGUGAUGUUCAUCACUCACAAUUUCCGCGAAAUGAAACGCAACCCUUCUAUCAUCUGGUCGCCUGCCAUAAAAAUGCCACAUCCUGUUGAACAUGGUUGGACGAAAGUGGGUGACACUCACUUGCCUUUUAUGUCAUUGUAUAUGUGUCCCGAGCUGGCCAUGACGGUCUUCCCCAUCAAAAAACCAGAACACGACAUCUGGCACCGCCUCCCUAUACGUGGGAUCAAAUUCUUCGACGCCCUAGCACGCAGGCAAGCAGGCAGUAGCAGCAGCACGUGCCUCCAAGACUUUUUCCCAAAGCUGGCAUCCAUCGACAUCAACCACAUCCCCCAGGACUUCCUCAUGUCCCCCAACGCAGGGACAGAGUACAAGUUCCUACGGCGAUCUACACUUGGCAUUCGCCGUCUCGAUCUGACCGUACCAGAAGUCCGAGUUCACACCGCGGUCGAGGACGUGUCAUAUCACGCAUCAAUCAAAGCGCUGACUCUACCCUCAGCAUCAUCGCUGCAGUACCUGAGCCUGACGCACGUAAUCAAAGGCAGCGACCCACUCUCACAUAGAACCCCUUUGCAGAUAUCCAUUGGGCUCCUCCCCAAGCUCCCCGUCCUAUCCUACCUAGUUGUAGCGGGUGGCACAACAGAGCUAGACGAACUCCGCGAACUCGCCGAGGCUAUCCGGGCUAGUCAAUCACUUCAAGAGCUCUUCCUAGGAGCCAUGCAUCUUGAAAAUGGAACCUGGAAGACUGUUCUGAAUACGUGGAAGAUAUCGAGGGCGCUCAACCAUUUGCAAAAUGUGCAAAUCGAUGGUGUCAGGGAUACAAGCAAUGCUGUACGCGGAUUUGAAUCAUACACAAAGCUGUUUACGCGCAAUUUUGGACCUAGGUCGUUGCUUGUGCGCUGGUUGAAUGGGGAGCAUAGUAUGUAUCCUUUGUAUAGCGACAGGCGAUUUUGA